AUGUGGAUUCUUAACGCUCCGUUUAUUGUAUUUUCCGGCAGUUUGUAUUUGUCGGUUUUGGUAUUUCGGCGUUUAUCGUACCAAGAUGAUGCUGGACCUUCAACUUCUUCAAAUUCUUUAAAUACAAAUUCUCAAUUGAGAUUUUUUUACAAACCUGAAAUGAUCAAAUGGGAAAAUAAAUUUUUUGAAAUUGACGAAAAAGAGAAGGAAGAAGAAGAGGCAAUUUUGUCACAAUUUCUUAAUGAACAACAACAAAAUUCAAAACAAAAUAAUUAUUUCGAAUGUCAAACAAAAUUUGUUAAUUUGCCUGUCCAUGGAUGUAAAAUGGCUUUACCUGAAGGAAGUACUUCAAAAAGUUCGACAUUAUGUGAAGAAAUACAUAUUCCUCCACCAAUUGAUAAUAAUAAAAAAUUUUUGGCCAAUUUCCCUCGUUUAAAAAUUGAUGAACUUGAUGAGUUCGCACAAACAGCCUUUGAUGGAAUUAAAUCUUUAAAUGUCAUCCAAUCUCAAGUUUUUGAUCAAGCUUAUAAUACUUUGAAUAAUUUAUUGAUUUGUGCUCCAACGGGUGCUGGAAAAACAAAUAUUGCAUUACUGACAAUUUUGAGAACAAUUCGUGAUAAUCGAACAAAAAAUGGAAAAAUAAAUAAGAAUGCGUUUAAAGUAAUUUAUUUGGCACCAAUGAAAGCAUUAGCAACAGAAAUGACCUCUAAUUUUUCUAAACGUUUGGGCCGCCUUGGAUUGAAAACACGUGAAUUAACUGGAGAUUCCCAAUUAAGUAGAAAAGAAAUUCAAGAAACACAGGUACUUGUUUUAACACCAGAAAAAUGGGAUGUUAUAACACGCAAAAGCGAUGAUGAAGAACUUAGCCAAUUAGUUCGUCUUUUAAUUAUUGACGAAGUUCAUUUGUUACAUGAUGAUCGUGGACCUGUAAUUGAAGCAAUUAUUGCAAGAACACUUAGAAGAAUUGAAGUUUAUCAUCAAAAUAUUCGAAUUGUUGGACUCUCUGCAACUUUACCAAAUUAUAAUGAUGUAGCAACAUUUUUACGUGUUGAUCCAACUCAAGGACUUUUUCAUUUUGAUGGACGUUUUCGUCCUGUUCCGCUUGCUCAAACUUUUCUCGGUGUUCGAGACUCUGAACGUCAAGCCAUUGUUUUACAACGGGAAAGGGAAAAAGCUAUUCGUAAAGGAGAAAAACCACCAACAAAAAUUUCUCAAAAUAAAUUGAUGACUCAAAAAGAAAUGAUGGAUGAAGUUUGUUAUCAAAAAUGUGUCAAAUUUCUUUAUGAUAAACACCAAGUUUUAAUUUUUGUCCAUUCAAGAAAUGCUACUGGACAAUUGGCUAGAACAUUUAUUGAUAAAGCUGCUAAUUCUAAUCAAAGAGAAUUAUUUCUUGUUGAGAAAGGAGGGGAGAUGAACAAUGCUCAAAGCAGAGAGUUACAAUUUCUUUUUCAAUCGGGUCUUGGUAUUCACCAUGCGGGAUUAACACGUCACGAUCGCCAUUUGAUGGAAAAAAUGUUUACGGAAGGUGCAAUUCGUGUAAUGAUGUGUACAGCAACGCUCGCUUGGGGAGUUAAUUUACCUGCUUAUGCAGUUAUUAUACGAGGAACAGAAAUAUUCGACCCGCAAAAGGGUAUUUUUACUGACAUUGGUAUUUUGGAUGUACAACAAAUUUUUGGAAGAGCGGGACGACCACAAUAUGAGGAUAUGGGUCAUGGUGUUAUUAUUACAAAUGUUCAAAAAUUGGCUCAUUAUAUUGAAAUGUUUCAUCGACAAACACCAAUAGAAUCACAAUUUCAAUCUCGUAUUCUAAACAAUUUAAAUGCUGAAAUAGCUUCUGGUGCAAUUUCAAAUAUUUCUGAAGCUAUUGAAUGGAUUCAUUUUACUUAUUUUUAUAUUCGUUUACGGAAAAAUCCGUUACAGUAUGGAGUUGAUUGGAAAGAAUUGAGAAAAGAUUCCCAAUUAAAUGCCUAUUUAUCCGAUUUUUGUCAUAGUGCUGCAAGACGUUUGGAUGCAAAUAGAAUGAUACGUUAUGAUCCAAUUAAUAAUUUUGUUUCUGCAACUGAUUUGGGAAGAAUAGCAUCGAAUUAUUAUAUUGGAUUUGAAACAAUUGAAUUAAUAAAUGAUCAUAACGGCCCAAUAAGUUUAACAGAAAUGAUGACAGAUGAAAUGAUUAUUGCAUUAAUUUCUUCUUGUUCAGAAUUUGCACAAAUAAAAAAUCGUGAUUCAGAAAUGACUGAAUUAGAUGAAUUAGCUUCAUUUGGAGCAAAUUUAAAAAUACGUAGUGGAUUAGCAACAACUGCAGGGAAAGUUAAUUGUCUUCUUCAGAGUUAUAUUUCUCGUGCUUUUGUCAAAGAUUUUGCUCUUUCAUCAGAACUUUAUUAUAUUUCACAAAAUGCUGGAAGAAUCGCUCGGGCAAUUUUUGAAAUUGCUUUAAGACGUGGUUGGGCACAAACAACAGAAGCUUGUUUAACUAUGGCUAAAUGUAUUGAACAAAGAUUGUGGCCUUUUAAUUCUCCAUUAAGGUUUUUAUUUGGCUUUACCCAAAAGGUCAACUGA